GACUUGAGUAUAAACAAACAAAAGCAAAGUCGAAGUCAAGAACUCUUGCCACUGUUUGUGCAACUCGCAGCGAUCCAAGAAUGCAUGAUAACGACGAUCCUUCGACGUAUCCCGCCGCUCCGAGAUUCAAUUGCGACGUGUUCUUGAGUUUCAACGGCAAGGACACGAGCCGCAGCUUAAUCAAGCAUCUAUGCGAUUCAUUAACGGAGCACGGCGUCCGGUUCGUCCAGGAAGACAUCGGGAUUAGUGAGGAAGACGAGAUCGAUUUAAGUUUGAUAGAGGCCAUUGAAGACUCGGCCGCUUCAAUCGUAAUUAUUUCUCCAAGUUAUGCUAAUUCUUGUUGCCGCCUUGAGGCUCUUUCUAGAAUUUGCGAGUUGCGGAGACGGGUGCUACCUGUAUUUCACCAAGUGAACCCUUCUCAUGUUAGAAGGCAAGAAGGUCCUUUUAAAGAUGAUUUCAGGAAUUAUUUGGAGAGGUUUGGAGAGGAUAAGGUUUCGAAAUGGAGAAGAGCGAUGAAGAAAGUUGGUGGCCUUUCAGGCUUCGUUAUUGACAACAGCAGGUGGCGGCAGUAUCUUGAAGAAUGGCAUUUUGCAAUUGUCUAAAAGCUUUUUGUUUUGUGGCUGGAUAUAUUAAUACUUAGUUGGGGAAUUUUAAGUUGAAGUGGAAGUUUCAUUCCCAUGUGACUGCUCUAAGGUUUUUAUAAUAAGAUGUCGAGAUUAGUCUCUAUCUUGAUUUUUUUUCCCCAUUAAAGCAUCUGAUGUAGUUAAUUGUAGUUUUGUGGUGAUAUCAAUAUCAACCCUUUUUUUUUUUU